GCUGUCAUCAAAUUUACUUGGCAGGAUGCAUUUGACAAAGGAUCUCUCUUAGGAGGAGCCAAGAAACAGAGCAUAGUUUCCAUUGGAUACGAAAAAGUGUGUGUACUGUUUAACCUGGCUGCUUUGCAUAGCAACAUAGCUGCUUUACAAAGCUUAGAUGAUGAUUCAGGGCUGAAGGCUGCAGCUAAGCAUUUCCAGAGUGCAGCUGGACUGUUUGACCAUUUGGAAAGUGUGGUGUGGUCAUAUGAAUCCAAGAUUAGCACACCAGAUCUCCAGCCAGAGGUUCUUAAGGCUCUUGCUUCAAUCAUGGUAGCGCAGGCACAGGAGAGCUUCCUAAAAAAGGCUAGACAAGAUAAAAUGAAAGACUCUGUAGUUGCUAAGGUCGCACACGCAGCAUCAGAUCUAUACCAUGAUGCUAUGAAGCAUUGUCAGAAACCCAAUGCGAAGGCUGUGUUACCAAAGGAUUGGGUCGUUACUGUGACAGCUAAGCAGUCAUACCUCCAGGCUCUUGCUGAGAUGUACCAAGCAAAGGUUUGCAAGAGCAAACAGGAAUUUGGUCAGGAGAUUUCUAGACUUAAAAAAGCGACAACCUUGCUGAAUGCUGCGGCAACUACAGGCGCAGCUUUACUUGACUUUGGAGACUUGCAGAGCUCAAUACAAAGAUCACUUGUUGCAGCGAAGAAGGACAAUGAUUUCAUCUACCAUGAAGUAGUUCCGGAACCUGCAGCACUUCAAGCCAUUGGUUCAGCAGUACUUGCAAAGUCUACAGCUAUCUCAACCCCAAUGAAUUCUAAAUCUGUUGAUUUGUUUGAAAAAUUAGUGCCAUUGGCCGUGCAUGAAGCCAUGAACGCAUUUGAAAGUCGCAAGAGUGAAAUUAUCAACAGAGAAAUUAGCAAGUUACGAGAAAAUAAUCAGUUACUAGACAGUAUUCUGGUAUCAUUAAAUUUACCUGCCUCCAUUGAAGAUCUUAGUGGUGAGUCGGUACCACAAUCAGUUCUAGAGAAAUCACAAGCAGUUCAGGCCAAGGGAGGAUUACAAGCCCUAGAAAGUAUGAUGAAUAAUCUACCAGAAUUGCUUACAAGGAACCGAGAAUUAAUAAAUGAGUCACUUAAAAUGCUUGAUGAGGAAGCAGCUAGUGAUAUGCAAAUGAAGGAGAAGUUUGCUGCAAAAUGGACUCGAACUCCGUCCGCCAAACUAACAGAGACACUAAGAGGUGAAGCUGCUAAAUAUAACACCAUUCUCAACAAUGCCAUCCAAGCAGAUAAUAUUGUCCGAGAGAAGUUCAACAACAACAAGAUGUAUAUUGAAAUACUAGGAAAGCCACAGGCUGAAUUGGCAAAGUCUUUACCUUCAGCUAACGCAGCUUCAGCUUUGAAAGAUAGUCCAGCAGUGAAGACUUUGAGAGGGCUCAUGCUACAGGUUGAUGCAAUCAAAACAGAGCGAGAGGUCAUGGAAUCAGAGUUAAAAAGUGCAACAUUUAACAUGAGUAGUGCUUUCUUGUCUGCAUUGGCCAAAGAUGGUGCCAUCAACGAGGAUGUCAUCUCUAAUCAGGAAUUGGACCGUAUUUAUGGACCGCUUAUUCAACAAGUGCAGGAUAGCGCUAGACGUCAGGAGUCGCUGCUUUCCAACAUACAGGAUGCAAAUACACAGUUUAGUUCUGCCAAACAGACCGACAACUCUGCUCAAAAGAGAGAGGAAGUGCUGCGUCAAUUAGCAACUGGACACAACACUUUUAUGGAACUCAUGGGAAACCUGACAGAAGGGACCAAGUUUUACAAUGAUUUGACACAAAUACUUGUCAAAUACCAAGGCAAAUGUAGCGAUCUCUCUUUUGCAAGAAAAACUGAAAAAGAAGAAUUGCUACGAGAUUUAACGCAGAGCAUUGCGAAUCAACCGCCACAGGAAGUCCGUGCGGCCCCUGCUCAUCAUACUACAGAGAGUGUAGCAGCACCAGUGUCAUAUGCCAUAUAUGGCAAUCCAUAUACACCAGCAUCCCAUCAUGGCAUUCUGGAGCAACGCCAAGCACCACCAAGGCCCCCACCACCUAAUAUCCAACGUCCCCCUGCUACACAAGCUCCUCCAGCUACACACUCUCAACCAGCCGCAUCAGCACCAAGUGCUCCACAAGGAAUGCCUUAUCCCACUCAACCUGGGUACCCAGGAUACCCUGUACAACCAGUGUACACACCCCAGUAUGCUCCAAUGCCGACAGGAUACAACCCAUACAGUCAACCACAGCCUCAGCAAGGAUACCCCCAGCAGGCUUAUGGCUACCCACAACAGCAGUAUGGCCAGGCCCCCUACCCACAGCAACCUGGGUAUCCACAGCAACCGGGGUACCCACAGCAGCCAUAUCCGUACCCCCAACAGCCACGGUAAGGUUAGGAUAACAUUAUCCAUGAGAUGCUCGUUUUACAUGUUGAAUGAAUAUAGGCUGGAAUGUGUUAUAUGGACAAUGAUAAAAUCAUUUUUGGGAAUUUUUUUUAGAUGAGCUUAAUUUUUUAAUGAUCUUGACGUAGAUUUGUUGUAGAUUUUUAAUCAUAGUAAAUACAGUUGCUGGAAUACAGUCAAAAUAUAAUUAUUGAUUCAUCAGUAACUUUUGGAAAAGGGCCAUAAAAAUAAUGAAUUAUAUGGUAUUAACUGUGGCAAUAGAAUGUCAAUUGUUCUCAUGUUUGGUAAAAGUUUAUUUGCAUUUUCAGUUUAUUUGCACAUUCUGAUUGUCCAGUCACAUUUCAAAGACCUCACUUGAGUCAUAAUACUCAGCCUAUAGAGAAUAGAGGCACUAACUAUACCAGGGAGGUAUAGAAAUGGAAAAAAAAAUAAUGUAAUAUGAUUUUGUAUACCUCCCUGCCUGACUAUAAGAAGAUAAUUAAUUAUGAGAUGUCUAUGCUGUAUGUUAAAUAAAAAAAGCAUUUUGGAAUUACUACAUAUUCGUACCAUCACCUGAGUCAUAACACUCAAACUAUAGAGAACAGAGCCACUAACUAUACCAGGGAGGUAUAGAAAUGAAAAGGAAAAAAAUGUAAUAUGAUUUUGUAUACCUCCCUGACUACAAUAAGAUAAUUAAAUAUGAGAUAUCUGUAGUGUAGGUUAAAUAAAAAAAAAAGCAUUUUGGAAUUACAACAUAUUCGUAAAUAUUAUUGGAGAGCAUGUGAAAUGGUAUUUAGUGACCAUCUUUAGAUGAACGAAAAUAAAUUAACUUGCACUUACAGAAAGCACCUAUGCUGAGCCUUUUUUAGAAAUAGAACAUAAACUAGGCUUAAUGUAAAAGACAGCACCAAGCACCUAUGUGAUUAAUUUUGAAAAUUUUGUGCUGAAGAAGAUAUAUAAAACUGUUCUCUAAAUCAUAAUGCCGGCAAUAAAAUUGAUUGAUAAUUAUACCGGUAUCUAAAUUGACCAAAUGUAAUAAGCACUCUACAAGUAUAAACAUAAAAUACAUAAAUGCGAACAUAUAAGUAUUAUUAUUUAUAAGUAUGCUAACACAAUGCAGUGAGACACCCACAUAUUACUAAUUUUUUUACUGCCAAUAUUAUUACAAAUCAAUAAAAUAAAUUUUAUGUUGUAUAAAUAAAACAAGUUUUUUAAGUAAGUUUUAUAGACUUAUUUAAUGCUGCUUAUUAGAGAAUAAUAAUGCACAAUGUGCAACAGCCUCCACUCCCUGGGGACUAUAUUCUUAAUCACUCAUCUAAUUCACCACUAACCAGUAUAUUUCCAUAUCAAUUUCCAGGUUCUAAUCCUACUGGGUACCCAUCUUAUCAUUGCCACACAUUCAUUUACUUUUGGAUAGAGAAUGAAGCUUUAAGGGUAGACACAGGCACAACUAAUUCACCAAUAUAUUUCCACGUCAAUUGUCAGGUUAUAAUCCUUCAAGUUACUCAUCUUAUUCUCAAGUACCCAUUUACUUUUGGGUGGAGAAUUGAUCUUUAAGGGAAGAGAAAAGCUCAGCUAAUUCACCAAUGUAUUUUCAUAUUAAUUGCUGGGUUACAAUCCUACAAGUUACCCAUCUUAUCAUUUCCAGGUACCCAUUUACUUUUGGGUGGAGAAUUGAUCUUUAAGGGAAGAGAAAAGCUCAGCUAAUUCACCAAUGUAUUUUCAUAUUAAUUGCUGGGUUACAAUCCUACAAGUUACCCAUCUUAUCAUUUCCAGGUACCCAUUUACUUUUGGGUGGAGAAUGGAUCUUUAAGGGAAGAGAAAAGCUCAGCUAAUUCACCAAUAUAUUUUCAUAUUAAUUUGCUGGGUUACAAUCCUACAAGUUACCCAUCUUAUCAUUUCCACGUAUCCAUUUACUUUUGGGUGGAGAAUGGAGCUUUAAGGGUAAAGACAAUCAUACAGAAAGUGUCAAGUAGUGCGACCAGAUUUAGACUAAAAAUUUUUGACCUUAUAUGCAAGACUUAAUUUUAAAUUUACAAGUUUAAUGAUAUUGAAUAUAUAUAUAUAUAUAUAUAUGAAUAUAUAUAUAUAUGAAUAUAUAUAUAGUAAAAAAAUAUAUGUUAUAUAUAAUAAAAAAGAAAAUCAAAUGUGCAUUGUUAAAUUUAAACAUUUUUUGAUUUAUUAAAUUAAAUUAGUUCUUUGUUUUACAUUUUGUGUGUUUGUGUUACAUAUUCAAUAUCCCUUUUUUUUUAAUUCUUAAGGUUGUGCUAAAAGCUUACCUGUAAGCAUUAUAGAAAUAGGUAAAUGUGGUGAUUUAUUGAUGAUACUAAACUUAGUUUUAUUAAAUGUCUUGGUUGAUUAGUUUGUUGUUCCUAUUUUGAUUAAGUAAUAUUUUUAUUGCCUUGGAUGUAAACAAUUGAUAUUUCAUAAUGUACUGUUUGUCUCAAUUAAAAUAAGUGCAGUACAAACAA